AUGGCUGACGAUCUUGCAGAUUUGGAACAAGAUGUCCUUUCACUACAAAAUGAAUUAGAAUCUCUACGUUUAAAAUCCACCAAUCUAAAGGAUAGAAUCAGUGAAUUGAAAAAAUUUGAUCCAUAUAAAAGAAGUGUGAGAAAGAAAAAGGCAAGGAUACAGAAACAAAAAACUACCAGGCGGGCAGAGAAUGAUGACAACCGAAAUAAAAUAAACAAAACUUCUAAUGUUUUAGCCACAGAAAGUAUAACAAAUGCAACCAAAGUAAAUAAUCCUAUGAUAAAUAAUGUGAUGAAAGAAUUCGGAUUUAUAUUUGAAAAAUAUCCACAAUUACAUGAUAUUUUAUUCAAAGAUUACAGACUCAAAGAUGGCAAUUUUGACACUGAACAUGAUAACAAUGGCCACAUAGGUUCUGAUGUGGAAGCUAAUUUUUUGUCUUUUUCUGAGUCUGAACCUAAUUCUUUUAAAGCUACUUCUUCUGCAAUGGUUAAUAACAGAAAUUUUAUGACACCAAACAAAAAACAAAAGAAAAAUACAAAUGAUUCACAAUUAAAUGAAGAUGAUAAUUUGCCUGAACAUGAAUGGGUACUAAAAAACCAACCUAUUAUUGAGCAUAAAAUGUUUGAUACAAGUGUGGGUGAUUUAUUGGAUACCACAAUCUUGUCUUCACCUUCAAAAAGGAAAAACAGACCACAAAUGGGUAUUGAUUCAGAACAAUAUACAAAAUCCAAUCACUUAAAAAAUCAAAUUUUAUUAGAAAAUAUGUUUAGAUUGUUUGGUGUAACCUUUUUUCCUGUUAUUGAUCCGACAGAUUUACAAUUAAACGUAGAGACGCAAGAAUUGGAUAUUACAAGAGAAAUGUUGGGGAUCAGAUUUGAUAUAUUUAAUCAAAUGGAUAAACAAUUCGAAACACCUUUUUAUAUCUUGUUAAAGAGAAAAUUAAAAUCUCAAUCAUGGUCAAUUUUUAAACACACCAUUCCAAAUUAUAUAGACAUUGAGUUAUUGUUUGUUAAUAUUACAAUCAAUGGGACUUCUAAAAACGGAUUUGAAGAUAUCUACAUAUUUGCUAAAGAAAUUUAUCUACAAUUAUGGAAAAAUUCAAUUAGAAGUCAAAUAUUCAAUGAUUUGUUACAAGAAGGAAUCAUAUCUAUUAUAUAUAAUGAUAUGAGAUCAACUAGAGUUCAGUUUGAAAUAUCGGAUACACCAAUUAAGCUAGAACUACAGAUUAAAGAAGAUCAAAUUAAAUCUGUCCGAGUACUAGAAGGUUUAGAUAACGAUACUGAAUUACAAUCUACUAUAUCAAUAGUUCUCAUAGGGUCCAUUUAUGACUUAAAAUAUAAAUUGAAUAUGAUUAGAUCAAGUAAUAACUAG